AAUUCUGACUGAGUAAUUUAAGCUUGAUUUAUAUUUAUAUUAUACUUUUAUGUUUCAAAAUUAAAAAUACACCUACAGGAUAGUUAUUGAACGUAAAUUGCACCUUUGAUAUCAUUUCUUAAUUACAAAUAUCAACAAUCGAUAGUGUGUACGUUCCUUUUUUGGACAUUAAAUCAAAUUACAUUCUUUUUUAAUUCCGCGCUCGCAAUUUCAUUUAAAUUGCAUAGCCCGUCACUUAUUCUUUGGAAAGAAGUAUACAAACGGAGACAAACAGGGAAAGGAUUAAAACUAGACUUGUUCUUUUGAAUCUUGUCUAGGGUACAUAGCGAGCUGCCGGGUGUUGACUGGAAUAAAGACGUAACUUUAAAAAAACAGCUCACAACAUGCAGUACAUUUUGGCUUCACUUAUUUUGAUUUUCACAUUACGUGAGGCCAAGUGUGGCUACGAGCACUGGUGCACCUCGAGCAUGGCAGCUCAAGGAAGUUGUGGUCACGGCUUGGACGACCUGCUAAGUCUGGCUUGUGGAGCUACAGGGUAUAACGCUCAUGGUUCUUACUCCCGCAAAAGGAAAAGGCGCUCACCAACAGAAAUCAAAAUGGAGCUUAAUGGAAUAACAAUUGGCGGACACAAGGCAAAGGACUAUUUGACAAAGAGGACCUCUUUUUACUUCCAAGGGAUAGUGUGUGAAUGUUGUAUCAAUCAAUGUGAAUUUGACGAGAUUUUAGGAUAUUGUAACUUUUGAAGACAAGGAACUAAAUAGAUAUCUCGCCGAAAUAUGACGAUACGCAUUUUUCUACAGUGUUGUUUUCAGUGUUAAUUAACCUUCACCUUCCUGGAAUCGAAACUAAUUAUUCUAUAGAGUCCGGCCAGCCUGUAUUUACAUUUAGUCUGACUUGCCUUUAUCCUAAAUUGUUGGCCACUUUAUUUCUUUUAUUUUGAUAUUGGAAUCCUUACGUUUUAAAGGCACAUUAUGCCUCCGUAAUCAGUUAAUCUUUCAUUGUGCAGAACAUGCAAAUAUGUGUUAAAUUAUGCUGUAAUAAUUGAUUUAGAACAUGCAAGAUGCUCAUCACUUGAAUAAAAUAUUGUUGAAUGUGAAAUAAAUUGUGAUAUAGGUAGAAAAAAAAAGAAAAAAAUGUAUUUUGACUUCCAUACAAAAUACUUAUUCAUUAUAAAUGUACUAAGUACCAAAUACGCAAAAGUAACAACAGAUGGUUCAGAAAUAUGACAAAUGGAUAAAUUUUUGGAAACUGUAUCAUGACACCAAAAUAAAUAGGUUUUGAAAAUUUAGAAUUAUAUCAUUUAUGUUUAUGAAUGGGCCUUUAAACGGAUUGUUUAGAAUCCAAAGUAGGCCAAAUCCAAUACACAAAGACAAUAGUUUAAGGG